GGAUUUUAGUUUGAAGAAAAAAAAAACAUCACUUCCGGUUAUCACUGUUUCCUCUCUCGUGAGGGAUCUGUCAGAAUAUUUGGCGUUUGUUUCUCUUCGCUUUGUAUUCAGGAAAAGGCGCGAAACAGAGUCAUGUCCGGGCGCUGAAGCAGUCAUGGAGGAAAAGUGUACAAAAGUCCUUCAGUCUGAAAUGAUAGUGUGUGUGACUGAGCAUGGCGACAGCGACCAAGCUAAAUCUGAACAGAAAAACGGCUCCUGUGAAGAAACCGAACGUGCAGAUUUCAGUGAUCCGGUGUAUAAAGAGAUCUCUCUGGCUAAUGGUGCAAUUAACCGCAUGAACAGAGAUGAACUACGUGCUAAAUGUACUGAGCUCAAGCUGGACACCAGAGGUGUGAAAGACGUCCUGAAGAAGCGUCUGAAGAACUACUAUAAGAAGCAGAAGCUGAAGCAGUCUGCGUCUGUAGCCUCCGACGACUUGUAUUACGACUACAUCUGCGUGGUGGACUUUGAGGCUACGUGUGAAGAGAAUAACCCACGUCACUUUGUCCACGAAAUCAUCGAGUUCCCCAUGGUCCUUAUCGACACACACACUUUGGAGAUUGUCGGGUCGUUUCAGGAAUACGUGAAGCCCAAGUUGAACCCGCAGCUCUCAGAUUUCUGUGUGGAGCUUACAGGAAUAACACAGAAAAUGGUGGACGAGGCAGAUCCCUUCCCUCAGGUUUUACGCAGAGUGGUGGCCUGGCUGCAGGAGAAAGAACUGGGAACCAAGUACAAAUACACCCUGCUGACUGAUGGGUCUUGGGAUAUGAGUAAAUUCCUUUACACGCAAUGCCGCCAGAGUCGGCUGCGAUAUCCUCAGUUUGCUCGAAAUUGGAUUAACAUCAGAAAGUCUUAUGGAAACUAUUAUAAGGUGCCUCGAAACCAGACAAGGCUGAACUGCAUGUUGGAGAAUCUGGGCAUGCAGUACGAAGGCCGACCUCACUGCGGCCUCGAUGACUCGCACAACAUCGCUCGCGUUGCCAUCCGCAUGCUGAAGGAUGGCUGUCGGCUGCGGGUGAACGAGCGUCUGCAUGAUGGCGAGCUGCAGAACGUGUCCAAUACAACGGUGUUGGAAGGAGCGCCGCCUCCUCAGUUCCCCAAAAGCAAAAACUAAUUAUGUGGCAUAUUUGCUUCUAUUUUCUAUUUCAUUUCAUUUGAUAGAGCAGUGUGAUAUUUUACAGCUAAUUUGUAACUCUAAUAAUAAUGGCCAGACCAAAUCAUUGAUCUGUAGAUGUACUAUGCUUAAUUUGCCCCAAUCAUAUUUCACAAAGAAGUAUCAAUUAUGUGAUAAUCACAGAAUUCAGUCUUGAAUUUUUAGCAGCAAACAUUCUGAAUUAUUUGGUUUUAUAAGGUUUUUUUUUACAUAACAAUAAAGUGCCAUUCCAGUUUU